CCAUUCCCACUCCCACUCUCCACGGCAAGCAAACAAGCACCACCCGCUACACCUCCACCUCCACCUCCAGUCAUCAUACCGGGCCUCGAGCCCACACACCACUACCACCACCGCCGCCGCCGCCGCCGCCGCCAACAUGGCCUCGGCGAUCUUCUUCCUCGACCUCAAGGGCAAGACCCUCCUGGCGCGCAACUACCGCGGAGAUAUUCCCAUGAGCGCCGUCGAGAAGUUCCCCAUUCUCCUGUCUGAAGCCGAAGAAGAGUCCUCCUCCGUACCACCUUGCUUCUCUGAUGAAGGCAUCAACUACCUCUACAUCCGACAUAACAACCUCUAUCUGCUGGCCCUGACGAAAAAGAAUACCAAUGCGGCCGAAAUCCUCCUCUUCCUCCACCGCAUUGUGGAAGUCUUCACAGAAUACUUUAAAGAGCUGGAAGAAGAGAGUAUCAGGGAUAACUUUGUCGUCAUUUAUGAGCUCCUCGAUGAAAUGCUGGAUUUCGGUUAUCCGCAGACCACCGAGACCAAGAUCCUUCAAGAGUACAUCACGCAGGAGUCACAUAAAUUGGAAGUCCAACCGCGACCACCUAUCGCGGUGACCAAUGCCGUGUCAUGGAGAAGUGAGGGUAUCCGUUACCGAAAGAACGAAGUGUUUUUGGAUGUGGUGGAAUCUCUCAAUCUUCUCGUGAGCAGUCAGGGCAAUGUGCUGCGAUCGGAGAUUCUGGGAGCGGUCAAGAUGAAGUGCUAUCUUUCGGGAAUGCCCGAGUUGAGGUUAGGAUUGAACGACAAAGUUAUGUUUGAGACGACCGGGAGAGCGACGAGGGGUAAAGCUGUGGAGAUGGAAGACGUCAAAUUUCACCAAUGUGUGAGGUUAUCGAGAUUUGAAAACGACCGGACGAUAUCGUUCAUCCCGCCCGAUGGAGAGUUUGAACUCAUGUCAUAUCGACUCAACACGCAGGUCAAGCCGCUGAUCUGGGUCGAGUGUAUCGUGGAAAGCCACUCGGGAAGCAGAAUCGAGUAUAUGUUAAAGGCCAAAGCACAAUUCAAACGACGCUCCACCGCCAACAACGUGGAAAUCUCCAUCCCCGUCCCCGACGACGCCGACACUCCCCGCUUUCGCACAAACAUCGGAUCCGUCCACUACGCCCCCGAAACCUCGUCCAUUGUGUGGAAGAUCAAACAAUUCGGCGGCGGUAAAGAAUUCCUCAUGCGCGCCGAACUCGGUCUUCCGUCGGUCAAGGGCGACGAAGAGCGUGGUGGAGGCAUGAUGGGUGGGUUUGGAGGAAGCAUGGGAGGAGUCGGGGGAAGUGGCAAAGGCAAACGACCGAUUGGAGUCAAAUUCGAAAUUCCCUACUUUACCACUUCGGGGAUUCAAGUGCGGUAUUUGAAGAUUAUUGAGCCCAAGUUGCAAUACCCUUCCCUGCCAUGGGUACGAUAUAUCACACAGUCUGGAGAUAUCGCCGUACGGUUACCGGAUGUGCAAUGAGUGACCGACUGACCGAGCGACCGAGUGAGUGAUGGAGUGAGGAAGGGUGGCAGGUCGAAUGGGAAAGAAAAAAGAUAAAAUGUGACACAGCGAUGGCGUUUCUCUCUGUCUCAUGCAUGCAUGCAGCGAUGAUAUCACGAUCAUUUCAUUUUAUUCACAUCUAUGUUACUGCUUCACCCUCUUCUUCUCUGGCCCCUCUUCCCCAUCCUCAUCAUCACUCAACUCUCGAUAAAUCGUCUCGGGCUGCGUCGUCUUCCACGCAUUCGUAAACAUGGUAUCAUUCUUCGCCUUGUCCGCAUACUUCAACAACGCCUCUCGAGGAUCCUCAUCUCGCAACGAACUCAACGGAAUUUGCGAUUUGACAUAGUCUUCGUCGGGGUUUCCCUUGGCAAAUGGCGUUGUCUGGGGAAUAUGCGGUCGGCGGGGAUCGCGAGAGCGUCCACUCGCGGUGAGGCCGACGGUCGGGUGGCGGGAAGAGUAGGAUGAUGUGCUGGGAACGGCACCGCCGGGUGUGAUGAUGGCGUCGCCGGAGAUGCCGUUGGAAAGGUCGGUGGUGAAGUUGGGGUCGUCGUCGAUGUGGCGGCGCUUGGGGGCGCGGGACAUGACGGUUUUGGCGCCGGAGGAGGAUGUGUUGGGGUUGUACAGGAUAUGCGUUUCCGCGUUGGCGGAACCCGUGACUAUUUGGUUGAGCUUGGGGUGCCAGAGGACGGAAAUGAGGGGUGAGUUGGGCGUGACAGGCGUGACUAAUUCGGAUUUGAGGGUGCCUGGGUUGAAGAUGUGAAGAUUGCCUUCUUGCGAGCCCGUGAGAAUACUGGUCGAGGUGGGAGAGAAGCGGAUGUUGCUCGUCGGAUAUUGUGCUGAUGUCGAAGUAUGUGAGAUGGUGGCGACAGGCUGCUUGAAUUUUCGUGUAUCCCACAGCUUGACCGUAUCGUCGCCUCCUCUUGUCACGACCAUGCGGCCUGCAGAAUCAAUAUCGAGGCCGCUCGUCCACGUGUUGGUAGUGUGUGCGUCUCGAAUCUCUGCCGCUGGCCGUGCAUAAGGUCCCUCGCCACUCCACAUGACCAAACUGCCAUCGAGAGCAGCACCUACCAGCAGGUUGUUACCACCUUGCAUAGGCGAGCCCCAGGCCACUGCUGUCAUUCUGGUCCGCCCUGCUGAUCCCGCUGCGCGCGACUUGUGCACAAUGACUUCCUUCUGUUGACGAGGGUUAUUGAUAUCCCAUAUGCGAAGCGUGCUGUCCGUUCCUGCUGUGACACACAAGUUUCUGUCUGUAGGAUGCCAGCAUCCCGUCGUGACCUCACUGAUGUGUCCUUUCGUAUUAUGCAUAUCUCGCAGAUACAUAUCGCCCUUGACAAACUCGCAAACAGCCUCUCCAUCUCUGGUCAAAAUCUUUGCUUGGGGAAGAGCUGUCGCGACCAAGAUAUGGCCUGCAUAUAGAGGAUUGAAAAUGACUUGGCUGACAGGAUGAUUCUCCACAGUCGCGGAGCUUUUCGAGGCAUUGGGAUCAACGGAUUUGAACGCGCGGAUCGUUGUAGGUGUCAUGGAAGCAAAAUCGUGAAAUUUGAUGGUACAGUCCAUUGAGCCUGUAAUCAAUCUUGCGCCUGAUGGGUCUAUCGUCGUCGCUGUCACCGCGCGAUCGUGUGUCUUGAUGAUCAUCUCGUGCGAUACAGGGUACUCGUCGUCCUCAUCGUCGCUAUCAUCAUCGUCGUCGUCGUCGUCCUCGUCGUCCUCGUCGUCGUCGUUAUCAGAGGCAUCAUCAUCCUUCUCUUCUUGACCAGGGUCUUUCGAGUCCUGGACUCGAUGCUGUGAAGCUCCGUGUGUCUGCCGCUUGCUAAGGUCGACCUGCUUCUGAACAUUCGCAGCUCGUGAUUGCUUUCCAAAAGACGAAGUGCCUAGGAACUUUUGAAGCUCAUCGUCCUGCUCAACUUCUGGCUCUUGGUCGUCCAUGACGAAGACUGUAUGUUGGUGGCGGGAGGACAGGAAGCAGAAAGCGCAAAGGAAGAUGGCACUUACGCUGGCGUCUACGAGCAAGCACUUUGCG